GGCCGAGGGGGAGGUGACGGCCAGACGGGAGGCUCAGCCGCCGCAGCACCAGCCGGACUUGCUACACCUCGGCACUACAAUCACCGCAGUCAUGGCGAUUGACGAUAUUAAAGUGCACAAUGAUGAUCCUGAGGAAGAGGAGGAGGAAGAGGAAGAAGAGGAAGAACUUCUUGACCCUCUUGAUGACCUGAAGGAAUCAUGUGGGACCUCAAAUCACUGUGCACAUCUGAAUGAGAAACUGACAACCUGCAAUGAUAGAGUGAACUCUAGAUCCAAGACAGAAGAAACAUGUUCAGAAGAACUUUUUGAUUACCUCCACUGUGUUGACCAUUGUCUCACAGAGUCCUUGUUCAAGAAACUUAAGUGAAUCAUAUUGUUACUUGUGUGUUUGUACAAUUUAAGGUACAGUAAUUUGUUACAAGGAAUGAGUUGCUGUGUCACUAAAAUAAGUCAUAUUUGUGGUUUUCACUUGACCAAAGGUUCAGACUUUAGUGAUGCAGUUUUGAAGAUGUAGGAUGUACAUAAACUGGAGUUUUACUCCACAACCACAAAAGAAUAAAGUUACUAUAUC